UUCAAAAUGCCAUCAAGAAGUCAAAUUAGAAUUUGGAUUGACCCACGUUUCUGAUUCAAACCACCUUUCAGAACUUUCUAAUCCUUCUCGUAUUUCCGCCUCUAUCACCUUUUGAUUUCUUGACCACUUUUUACCUAUAUAUUCGUUUAAAUUAUUCACGUUUAAUCACCAUUGCCUUAAACACCAAUACAAAAAAAAGAUAAUUGGUUAAUGGAUCAUGACGGCGGUUCCAAGGACCACCCCAAGGACGGUGGAGGAGGGGAAGUGGAGGUAAAGUACAGAGGAGUUAGGAGGCGCCCAUGGGGGAAAUUUGCUGCGGAGAUACGUGACCCUAACCGGCAAGGUACACGGGUUUGGUUAGGUACAUUUGCAACUGCGGCGGAGGCAGCUAGAGCUUAUGAUCGGGCCGCCUUUGAAAUGAGAGGGCAUAUGGCAGUACUUAAUUUUCCGGCAGAGUAUCCACCUACAUUUUCAGCUGCUGCUUAUAAUACUUCGACCAGCACCACCACAUCAGUGGCAGGGGAGUCGUCUUCAAGCAGUAGGGAAGGUAGGGAAGUGCUUGAAUUCGAGUAUUUUGAUAAUAAGUUGCUCGAGGAUCUUCUUGGUUAUGAUGACAACAGAACAAAGAAGUGAAGUCUUGGUAAUAUACGAACGAAGCUGAAUAUUUGUGGCUUAAAAAUAGAUAAACGAACGUUGGCUCGUAUGAGUAAUGUGAUCAUGACGUAGUUUCAAUUUUUGAAAGGAUGUUUCAAAUCAAAAAGUCGAUUUUGGUGCAAGAUAAUUGGUCGUGUUUCAUGGACAUGGUAAACUGAUAUAUUUUUGUUGCGACGAAUUCAAUAAAAGAAAUUCUACACGUAUACCCAAAU